AUUGGCCGAGGUUUCCCGUCAGCUGAUCGCGAUCAUGUGAUGGACCCACAUGGCGGAAGUUUGUCUUGCGGAGUGUAAACAAAGUUCUUUAGACUUUUUUGUUUGCUUUAAUAACGACACAACAUUCAAAUGACACCAAAAUGGCGUUUGUAUUCGCGUGGACUCUGUUGUGCCUUCUGCUUUGUUGUGUUGUAGGAGAAUGCAGAAGUAGAAAUGUACUUCUUAUCAUCGCUGAUGAUGGUGGGUUUGAGACUGAUGUCUAUAAUAACACAGUGGUCCAGACUCCACAUCUUCGAGCUCUUUCUAAGCGCAGUUUGAUCUUCAAGAAUGCCUUCACCUCCGUCAGCAGUUGUUCACCUAGCCGAUCCACCAUAUUGACUGGACUUCCACAGCAUCAGAAUGGGAUGUACGGCCUUCAUCAGGGGGUUCAUCACUUUAACUCGUUUGAUGGAGUGCAGAGUCUUCCUCUACUGCUGAAACAAGCCAACAUUCACACAGGUAUCAUUGGGAAAAAACACGUUGGUCCAGGCCCUGUUUACCCAUUUGACUUCGCCUACACGGAAGAGACCAAUUCUGUCUUGCAGGUGGGUCGUAAUAUCACCAAGAUCAAGCUCCUUGUUCGGAAGUUCUUCCAGAGCCAGAAAGAGAAGAGGAGCGAGACUGAUGAGGAACGGCCCUUCUUCUUGUAUGUGGCGUUCCAUGAUCCUCACCGCUGCGGUCAUUCCCAGCCUCAGUAUGGAGUGUUCUGUGAAAAGUUUGGGAAUGGAGAGAGCGGAAUGGGGAGGAUUCCAGACUGGGAGCCGAAGUAUUACUCUCCAGAUCAAGUCAAGGUGCCGUAUUUUAUUCCGGACACUCCUGCAGCGAGGGCGGAUAUAGCAGCUCAGUACACAACAGUGAGCCGGCUGGAUCAAGGGAUUGGCCUGGUUCUUGAAGAGUUGCAGAACUCUGGAUUUAAAAAUGACACGCUGGUGAUCUACAGUUCGGAUAAUGGAAUUCCGUUCCCCAACGGACGCACUAACCUGUAUGGUUCAGGUGUGAAGGAGCCCAUGCUGGUCUCGUCUCCUGAGCACCGGCAACGCUGGGGGAAAAUCAGCCAGGCCUACGUCAGUCUACUGGACAUCACUCCAACAAUACUGGACUGGUUCUCUUUGCCAUACCCAUCCUACAGUCUCUCCACAUCUCACCCUGUGGAGUUGACGGGUCGCUCUCUCCUCCCGGCCCUGAUCUCAGAGCCGUCCUGGGACACAGUCUUCUCCAGCCAGAGUCUCCACGAGGUCACCAUGUUUUACCCUAUGCGCUCCAUCCACCAGGGACCCUACAGGCUCCUCCACAACCUGCACUACCGCAUGCCUUUCCCCAUAGACCAGGACUUCUACAUCUCUCCAACCUUCCAGGACCUGUUAAACCGGACUCAGUCGGGUCAACCCACAGGCUGGUUUAAGACACUAAAUGAGUAUUACUACCGACAGCGAUGGGAGCUGUUUGACAUUCGGACAGAUCCGAUGGAGAAGGUGAAUCUGGCUGGUGAUCCGGAUUAUUCUGAGGUUCUGGAGAGCCUGAAGGAUCUGCUGUUAAAGUGGCAGUGGAGGACGGAGGACCCCUGGGUAUGUGAACCCGAUGCAGUUCUAGAGGCCAAGCUGGAGCCGCAGUGCAGACCACUAUACAACGGACUAUGAUUUUACACAUAUGAACUUUUUAUGAUUCAAGUUUUACUGCUAAACCAUUUAAUAUGAAGAUCUGACGAGUUGUAUAUGUAGAUUUUGUAUUGAAAAUGUUAAUAAAAGGUUUGAAUAAGAA